AUCUGACGACUGACAAGCAGUCAAUUUUCCUCAAAACUCAAAUCGAAUUACAUAAAAGUGAAGUGCCUGGGCUGAAAAACAUUCUCGUAAAGUUUUCUUGCUUUUCCGCAAUUUGCACCGAUUCCGGAUAAUGGCAUCGUUACUGCGUUCGAUUGCCACGGUUGCCCGCAGUAGCAUUCUGAACGGAAAUGCUCUGUCUCGCGCAGCAGCCGCUCCAUCAUCCAUCGUACGAUUUAAGUCGGAAGCAGCAGCAGAAACUCGACCAACGGUUCGCAAGCCGGACGCGGUAGCUCGCUCGGAUUUGUCCGAUUUCGGUAAGUACGUCGCCGAAUGCUUGCCCAAGUAUGUCCAGAAAGUGCAACUAACUGCCGGUGACGAGCUGGAAGUGCUAAUUGCCUCCGAAGGUGUAGUGCCGGUACUCCAGUUCCUGAAGGACCACCACCAGGCUCAAUUCGCCAAUCUGGUAGACAUUGCCGGCAUGGAUGUUCCAAGCCGCCAGUAUCGGUUCGAAGUCAUCUACAAUAUCCUUUCCCUGCGGUACAAUUCCCGAAUCCGGAUCAAGACCUACACGGACGAACUGACGCCGAUCGACUCGGUCAACGAAGUCUUCAAAGCGGCCAACUGGUACGAGCGGGAAAUUUGGGACAUGUACGGCGUGUUCUUCGCCAACCAUCCCGAUCUGCGCCGAAUUCUGACUGAUUAUGGAUUCGAGGGUCAUCCGCAACGCCGCGAUUUCCCUUUGAGUGGAUACGUCGAGCUGCGGUAUGACGACGAGAAGAAGCGAGUCGUUUGCGAACCGCUCGAGUUGGCCCAGGAGUUCCGCAAGUUUGAUCUGUCGGCACCGUGGGAACAGUUCCCGAACUUCCGUGAUGCUAAUCCGCCCACCGAGGAGGUACCAACCAAGCCGGAGGAAAAGAAGUAAGAGCAUUAGGGCAGUCGGGCCGAUUGUAUAUGCACUUUUCGAUAAAAGCUUAAUGUAGAUGUUGAUUGAACACAA